AUGCAUACAAGGUUGAAGAUACUUUGUUGGCAGAUUCUAAGGAAUGCGCUCCCAACUAGAGCCAAAUUGGGGCAGUUCAUGGCAAUUCCCUCUGUCUGCUGCCCUCUCUGUAAUGAUGAGGAGGAGACUUCUAUACAUUUGUUUUGGCAAUGCUCUUUUGCAAAAGCCAUCUGGUAUGGAAGCCUUUGGGGCAUCAGAACGGAUUCCAUUCAAUUCCCUGAUUGGAUGGAUUGGUUUCAAUGGUUCAAUUGCAAAAGGAACCUUCCCCACGAUCUGGACUUUGACACUUUCUUAAUUGGGGCCCUAUGCAUAAUUGAGGUGGUAUGGAACAAUCGUAACAAGGUAAUUCACGGAUCCAACAUUACCCCUAUCAAUGAGGUUAUUCGAAUCAUGAGGCGUCAAUUCCAUGAUCACUCAUCCUCUCGCCAACCUCUUUCAAAGAAUGUUGAAAUAAGUGCAACUCCUCCUAUGGGAUGGAUUGCGUGUACUACGGAUGUUUCUAUUAAUGCUGAUCAGUCCUUCGGAGCAGUAGUGUUUAGGGACUCUUGCAACCGAAUUCAGGCCAUUUACUCGGUGCAUCUCAAUGUAACAAAUCCCACAUUGGUCGAGGCCUUGAUGAUAGUGAGUGCUGCUGAAUUCGGGGUGCGAUGCAAGUUCAACAACGUCCUGUUCUUCUGCGACAAUUUGUUGGUGGUAACACACUUUAAUGCAUUGCACGGUGAGGAUCAUCAGUUGCUGAAUGGAGCUGUGGAAAGGUUCUUUACAAUUGUUCGUCCGCUCGAAAAUUGGAAGGUCAAGAAGAUUAGCCGGGGGGCCAACUUCAUGGCACACAACUCUGCAAAGUGGGCGCGAUACCAUGGCUCUGUUGGUGAACUUGUUGUGAAUACCAUGGAUGAAGGAGUGCUUCUGGAUGACACGGAAUGGGUCCCUGACCCGGGAUAG